AUUUGGUAUAUAGAGAUUUCCUGCAAUAUAAUCUAUCCAUAAGAUAUCCCCUCUUGUCUCAACCGACAAGAACUCUUAUCGAAGAGAAACACAGGGUGAAAUCAGUGUGGGGCACCUUUUUUCAUGCUGAAUCCCUUGAUCUUGUUCAAACACUCUUCUUUCAUCCUCAAAAUUUCUUCGAGUUUUUUCAGUCCAUGAUCGAUUUUUAGUUUCAUCACGGCACGCCUAGUUGUUUUGAUUUACGUCGCCGUGGAGAAUUGCAUCUCUGCCGCUUGUGUUGUCUUCAAUUCAUAUCUGCAAAGGAAGCCCGGUGGAGGAAACUGAUUUUGAUUACUUUCCCCUUUCUUCAGGGGAGAAGGAAUGGAAAACCCUUGAGAAAAAGGAGAUAUACGUCGAGAAAAAUGUCGAUAUUGGUGGAUUGGUCGGAAUUACAACCGGAAUUGAUCGAAUCAAUUGCGAAAAAACUCAAAGUUCACAAGGAUUACGUACGUUUUAGAGCUGUUUGUUCGAAUUGGCGAAAGUCAACUUCUAAAACCCCAAAACAUCUCCCCUGUCAACUCCCAUGGCUAAUGCUUCCUCAAACCAAUAAUCAGAAUCGCCAAUCUCAUCUCCGAGCGUUUUUCAGCCUUUCCGAUAACAAAACCUACCGCCUGAGUCUUCCAGAAGCUUCUAACAUUCGUCGCCGAUGUGGAUCCUCUCAUGGUUGGCUUGUAAUCCUCGAAGAAACCCCAGCAGUUUUCCUUAUAAAUCCAUUAACACGAGUUAAACACCACCUUCCACCUUUAUCUUCGUUUCCCAAUGUUACAAAGUUCAAUUUCUAUGAUAUAGGAAGAGAAUACACUCUCAAGACAUCAGAAGGUGAUGCUUACACCUGCAGUUUGAAAGAAAUGCGUGAUUCUUUCAUCAAGAAAGUGGUGUUUUCUUCCAGUCCUUCUGAUUCCCAUUCCGAUUACUUUGCCCUUGCGAUUCUCAACCAAACAGGUGAUCUUGCUUAUUGCAAAAAAGGUGAUAGCUUUUGGAAAUUUAUCGAUAAUGCACAAUCUUACAGUGAAGAUGCUGUUUAUCACAAUGGGUGUUUUUAUGCUGUGAGUAAAUAUGGAACAAUUGCAGUGUGUGAUGUUUCCCAGAGUUUACCCAAUGUUUCUUUUAUCCAAACACCAUUACAAGUUGGUGGUGAUAUGCAGUAUUUAGUUAAUUUAGAUGAUGAAUUAUUGUUGGUGACACGAUAUUUAGAGCUUGGAUUCGAUGUUGAUCAGCAUCAACUUGAUAUUUUUUACAAAACGACUGAAUUUAGGGUUUAUAAGCUGGUUUUAAACGGACCAAAGUGGGAGAGUUUGAGUAAAUUGGAUGAAUGGGCUUUGUUUGUUGGGGAGAAUUCAUCAAUGGCUUUUCGUGCUUCUGAUUUUCAAGGGUGUAAAGGGAAUCAAAUUUAUUUCACAGAUGAUUAUUCGGAGUGGAAUUAUGAUGGUGCUAAUGGUGAUCAUGAUUUGGGUGUUUAUGAUUUGGAAGAUGGUUGUGUUGUAGGUUUGCCAUGUUAUCCAAGAAAGUUCUACAAUGGAAGAAGAUGGCCUCCUCCCAUUUGGGUCACUCCAAGUUUGCAUUGAUUAUGGAAGUCUUUGAUUUUUUUUUUCAUAUUUUAUGUUAUGUGUUGUAUAAUAGUAUGUAAAAGAAAAUGAAAAUGUUUAUAAACUCGUGUAAUGCUAAUGGUAUGAUGGUAAAUUAGAUGGUAGUUAUAGAUUUGUAUGUAUAUAAGUAACCAAGUAUAGCAAGUGUUGUUGUUAUAGUGUA